AUGGCGCAGAACACGCCCUUGCCGGCGGCAGCACCGCUCCACGACGCCGCCGGUGUCGGCGACGCCGUGGCUGUAGCCGACUUGCUGAAAGACGGCGCUGACCGUAACGCCAGAGUCGAUCGCGAAGGCUAUUCAUACAGCGAUGGAGCAACCGCCCUCCACAUUGCCGCAAGGGAAGAUCAUCUAUCAGUAGCUGUGGCUCUGCUCGCGGCAGGAGCAUGGCCAGACGGUCGAGCGAGUGACGAAGAUUGCAAUGAUCCAACUCCGCUCCACGAGGCCUCCGCGCGGGGGGGUGUUGAAGUCACCAAGGCUCUCUUGAAAGCGGGAGCGGGAAAGGAUAUUUUUGCCUCCUUCGGCACGGGCGGACCUUGCCUCACCGCUCUAGAUCUCGCAGUGGAAAACGGCCACCUUGAGGUGGUGCGUACGCUGGCCGAGGCCGGAGCAGAUGUCAACCUUAUCUACGAGGACGGUUAUGCCGAAGUUCCCCCCCUGGUCACUGCCGCGAAACAGGGAAAUGUAGAUGCGGCGCUCGUCCUGCUCGAUGCGGGGGCUGACGUGAACGGCUUUGGGCAGGACGGAUUUUCCGCCUUGCACCAAGCGAAAGACGUCCGCGUGAUGGAGGUUCUGCUCAACGCCGGGGCAGACAUUGAGCAAGGCAUUACUACGGACUACGACAGCCACGGGUGUGACGAAGCUACCCCGAUCGGCUGGCUGUCUCUGAAGACGCACCAGCGCUUCUCCCCUCUGCAGAAUUUGGGGUACGGAUUGGAGGUCGGGGCUGCCUUGUCCUCCGAGGACGAGAUCGGGCGCGCGACGGCAAUGGUUCAACUCCUUCUUCGUCGAGGAGCAAAGAUCGACUCGAAAGCAGGAUGCGUGGGGCACUGCCUGCGCACAGGAGCCCGCGGACCCCCUCUGUCGGCGGCAGUGUACAAUGGUACCACGGCAAUAUGUGCAGCUCUCAUCGACAAUGGGGCCGACCUGGAUGCAACGGACUGGGAGCUCCAAGACUUCGACGCCGACGGCGAUGUCAAAAUUCGCCCGAUCCAUGACGCGGCCCGCUUUGGGGACGUGGACAUCCUGCGUCUACUUCUUGGCGCUGGUGCGGGUGCGAAUAGCUUGUCGAACUUCCGGCGGGGUGAUGAUCUCGAGCGGUGGGGUACACCGUUGCACGUAGCGUGUCGCUACUCGCAACUGGGGUGUGUUCGUGAGCUGCUUCGGUGGGGAGCGGAUGUGUGGGCGGAGGAGAGACAAUCCAGCGGGGAGGAGGAGGAGGAGGAAGAGGAGGAGAAAGCACCCUGUGAAUGCGAGUCAUGUUUGUCGAAAUCCGCUGGUUGCGGCAAGACUCCGGCAGAAGUGAUCGGUCUACGGGAUGUGGUAACCAAUUUGGAGAUCAAUGCCAGGCCAUCGGACAGCACAACCGUCGGAGACGGCGACGAAAUUCGUCGCGAGCUGCUUUGGUGGAGGAGGUGCGCGGUAGUUCUGCUGGCAGCUCGCCUGGCCAAGCAGGUGUCUGCGGAUGGUGGCACGACCACAGGCGGGUAG